UCUAAAGUCAGGUAGUAGUAGUACGACUCAAUGUCGAGUCAGAAGCCUUUCAUUUCCAAGUAGUACAACUUAAUAGCGUUUAUUUCUCAGUAGUACGACUUGAAGAAGGAUCGAACACAAAAAUUUUAUCAUUUAGUACUAUAAUUUUUCAUUUUUAAUUGGUAAAUUAAAUGAAUUUUUAUCUGUAAAUUUUGUUGGUUAAACAGUAAAUAUUGGGCAAAGCUAUGUUUUUAGAUAAUAAUUUUAUACUUAACAUUUUAUAUGUUUACGUAGCACGAUUCAAUUAUAUUGGCAGCAGUUGAGAGAAAAAGAAACGUUCAAUUGUAAAAAUAUUCUCGAUAGUAUCAGCGGCAUUAUGUUUUCCUCCGCUAUAUAGCCAUUCAUAUUUUAUGAUAUUCACGUGUGAAAUCGUGUAUACUCCAGUUCAAUGUAUAUCUCCGUUCGAUAGAAGUCUAGAAUAUGAACUAAAGACGGCGCAAAGAAAGCGGUAGGAAACGAGAUUAAAACUGGAGAAUCACUUCGAUGUUCAUGAGACAACGAUAUAAUUUUCAACGCAACGACGAUAUUGAGGAAGUAAUGAGCAACGAAGAACAUUACAAGGUGAUAGACGAGUACAUGGGAGAGGAAGAGUCAUCCAUAGCGACGCAAAAUUUCGAAGAAGCAACUGGAGCUUCAAAAUCGAAAGAUACUGUGAAACAGAAAAGUUCUCAGGCUAGCACUGAUGAUGCUAAAUCCAGUAAUGAAGUUAUGAAUAAAUCAACAGCAAUGGAUUAUGAGCUAGAAGUAAACAACGAUGCUGCUGAUUCUGCUGCUGACAUCAGCUUUACCGAAUUGGAUACGCAGAAGGAGGUGACGGAUGAAGAUGUAAUGCAUCACCUGGACGUGAUAGAGAAUAUUGAAUUAGAUCCUGAAACGUUUGGCAUGCAGUCUAUGGAAAAGGAUACCGAGUUUGAAUCAUCUAUACUAAAAAAAGAAGAUGACAUGAAUAUUACAAUUGUCGAUGAAGUACAGAGGAAGUGGUAUGAAGAAAAGCUUGCAGAGAAAGAUGCCCUCUUGAAAGAGAGACUGUCAAAAUUAGCACGAGUCCUAACAGUUUCUUAUCCCAGUUACGAGAAGUGGUUAGAAAGAAUAGAGAAGAUAGAAGGAUCACCUAUGUGCAAGUUAGAUCCGAUUCGACGUUGUUCAUUAAAUAAACCACACACCAAUCGGUGGAAAUUUAUUUGUAGCAAAAUACAAGUACAGGAAUCUAUAAAGGAAGAGGACAAUACAAAUUCUGGCAAACAGAUUUUAAGGACAGUCUGGCGUCUGGAGCCAAUGGCGGCAGGUGGUGUUAAUACCGAUAAUUUGGCUGAAUUUCCGCCUUUUGUAUUAAAUGCGGUUAAGAUAUUCGAAGAUUUUCUUCAAACGACUUUAAAUGACGACGCUAUUGAGAAUCCGAAUGAAGCUGGUACCAGGAAGAGUGCAGUGCAGGACAUGAAACAGCAGUGGUUGUGGUUGUUAGUGCGUAGCAAUAGCUUAGACGAGCUUAUGCUAUUCGCAACUGGGAAGAAUAUUAGCCGUAGCACUAUGGAUCGUUUGAAACAUACGUUUGAGUCGGGUUCAGGAAAGAACUGCAAUGUGAAAUCUCUUUAUUGCAAAUCGAUGAACAAAUGUGAUGACAAAGUCGUUACGACAUUCUUAGUGGGUACAGAGGCUCUAGAUGAAAUUGUGGGUCCUCUGAAAGUACAGCUUGCACCAAAGACGAAUUUUUGGUCGAACGCUGCCGGUGCGCUGAACGUAGCUAAGACAGUCGCGGAUAUGCUUAGGCCCACGCAAAGAACAACGGUACUCGAAAUCGGUUGCGGAAUUGGCGUAAUUGGACUUAUGGUGGCUUCUAAAUGUCGAGAAGUGAUAGGGGUUGAUUCGCCCUCGGAGAUCGAAGAAGCUGAAAUUACGACCGAGUUGAAUAACAUAUACAACGCAUCUUUCAUAGUAGGAUCUCCGGCCGAAGUCGUGAAUAAACUAAAUUCUGCGCGUGACUUGCAUAAUAAAAAUCGUGUGACGUACUGCAUAAUCAACGCAAACACCAAUAUGGGUAGAGCCAUUGAAGUAAUGACAUGCUUAAGAAAAAUUACUUCUCUCCGACGUAUCGUAAUGGUCACCACCUUGACGAAACAGUCGGUCCGAGCAAUAUUAGAACUUGCGCGGCCCAUGGAAGGUGGGCUCGGUCAUCCGUUCAUGCCAAUUCGAGCGUGCAUCGUCGAUACGUUGCCUACGGGGCCUCAUUUUGAGGCGGUUAUUCUAAUGGAACGUAGACUUAUGCAUAGACUUACGCAGCCGUGGUUCAUCAAGAUGCUGGAGGAAGAAAGCAAAUCGCUGGAGAACACUAAGGUGUUAGAGAAAAUUCAUAAUGACGCAAUCGACGGCACUGAUGUACAGCUAAGAAAGAAUCCGUUAGCGAAAGUCGCAGCUGAGAAAAGCCCUAAAGUCUCGCCCGUGAAAAAACCAAGUCCCGUAAAGAGCGGUUUAAGUUCGCCAGUAAAAAGUAAAAUAAAAUUGAAACAAGAAUAUUCACCCGACAUAUCGGAAAUACCUAAGAAAAUACAUAAGAAAUUUGGAAAACCUGCGUCUACACCAUGGCAACAAGUUAAGAAAAAGAAUUGGUUUCAUGAGAAUCCUGCCCUUCGUAUCAAUCCGUUAUUUGAUAAAAAAGUACGAGAGAAUAAAGAAAAGGUUGAUUUGAGAGAAAAAUUAUCCAGCAAUCGAGUCGAUGCGGAAUUGAUACAGAAGGUUAAUGAAAGCCGAGGUAUUCUCGAAGCAGCUAAAGAAAAGUUAAGUGGACCAUCGCCCACAGUUGACGCAACGACCGCUAAAGAAUUGAAAAAUGUAUUGAGCCUGGUUCUCGAUCAGACCAAUAAACUCCAAAAUCAAUUGCCGCGUUCAGUUUGGGAUCGCAUCGCGCCACCUGAGACCGAUCAAAAGCUCCAGGUGAAGAAAGAACUUGAUGAUGAUCCACUCCUGAAAGGUCGAUUUGUGCAAGAAACCCGUGCUCAAGAUAUCGUUAUUACGACAGCGAACAAAGAGUAUUUAGAAACUGAGGAAAAUAAGCCAAAGUUCAAAAAAUAUCAUAAUUUGGCACCUCUUGAACCAGACGCGGUGCUACCUGUAUCGUUGAAGUAUAAACUUGACAAGAUGGAACAAAAAUCAUCCAACAACAGGAAUAGACAACAGAAUCAACCUAAUUCCUGGAAUAGGAAUAAAACUUUUGAUAAAAAUCGUUGGAACGAUGCAGAGCCUAUGAGGAAACCUGCGUCUUCAGCGAAGAGACAGGAGCCGUUCAGACAUCGAGUGUCGCCGCCGAGAAGAUUUUCUCCAAAACGGCCGUUGUUGUCACCGCCGAGACAUCCGUGCUCACCGCCUAGGAGACACUUUUCUCCGAAUAGGCCGUAUCAAGCACACAAUUCUCCGCACCGCGAUUACGCCCCUCAGAGACGAUCGGUGUCACCAUUAAGACAUGUAUCCCCAUCUGAUAGUAGACGCCAAGUGUCACCACCCAGACGAUCGUUCUCACCAUUCAAUCGAGAAAUGUCUCCACGGAGACGGUCAGCGUCAUCGCCGAGACGGUCGAUGGCGCCGAUGCGACAGCAAAUGUCGCCGACAAGGCAACCGUUGUCUCCAUCAAGACGACAAAUGUCCCCGAUCGGCAUGCGAUACGAUUCAUCGCAGAUGUCUCCUAAGAGAAUAUCUCCUUUGAGACGGCCGAUAUCGCCUAUCAACAGAGAAUAUCAAAGUGCUCCGACAUGGAGAUCCAGAUCACCAAUUGGUAGGACGAUGUCCCCAUCGAGAUCAAGGGACAUGAUCCCAAGGAGUCAGUCGCCCGUGAGACGCUUUUCACCGAGGCGCCAAAGUCCGCCACCGAAUAGAAUUGCGGAUGAAUGGGACAUACCAAGCCGAGGCGCUAUUGAACAAAGUAGCACUUGGCAACGGUCUAUUAACGAGAAACCAGCGGAAAACGUCUGGCGCAACGAGAGGCAACCGACAACCAGUGGAACCUGGCAGCCUCCUAGUAAUGAUAGAUACCGCAAGCCAACUAAUCAAGAAAAGUCUUGGGACUCCUCGUCUCAAGGAAACUCUUGGGGCGUAAAGCAGUCGUCCGUAAGGCCUGAUGUGAAAGAACCAUGGCAGAAUUCAAACAAUAGAUGGUCCGGUCCCAGAUCGGGAACCGGUGGCGAAAAUUGGAAUCGAGGCAACGAAAGUUUGGGUGGACGCCGAGAAUCUUGGAUGGACAAGGACAAGCCGCGAUGGGAGCAGAAGAAAUCUAACGACGGCUGGAAUCAGGGAGACAAGGAUGAUUGGAACGAUCUCCCAGAGGACGCGCGUGAUCCCUGGGGUGACGAAGGCAAUCUUGGGCUGAAGGAGAGGUGGAUGAACUUGGAUAAUCAGCCUUCGUCCAGUUGGUCCAGAGAAGCUGACAAAGGGGAUCCGUGGGCAAAGCCGAAAGAUAGUUGGCAGAACAAACCUCAGACUUUCCCGGCAAAACCACCAUGUCAAAGCACCAGUAAUCCGAACGAGUCGCGUUGGUUACCGAUGAACGACAUGAAUAAGAAAGUACCGUCAACCAAUUGGCAAGGAGGCGGCAACCUUGGACCAUGGCAAUCGUCAAACAACUACAAUUUCCAAUCGCAAUCCCAAAGACCCUUCGCGACCAAUAUGUUUAAAGAUCGACGUUAAAGAUGUUAGAUAAUCAGACAUUCAGAGGGUGGAGAAGGAAUAUCACAUUUGGAUUAACAAUAGUUUAGCAGUAGUUUAUUACAUAUGUUAUUUCGAGAAUCUUUGAUUUAUACGGCAAAACACACGUGCUUCUUUUUGAGUGAAAACUCUACUGUUGAAUUGAAUUUCUGUUCUUAAAAAUUAAAGUGACUGAUUUUUAUGAUGAAUUGAAUAUAUGAAUUUUGUUAUGAAUAUUAGAAUAGCUAUUUCUAUAACAAUGAUCUAACAAUGAUGUGUGAAAUGUUUUUACGUUUGCCUUUUCGUUUUCAAUAAUGUAUUCAACAUUAUUAUAGGAUUUAUUGCUAACAGAUUAUAUUUUCAUAAAUAAUGCAAAACUGUUACAUAUCUUUUUUGAAAAUUAACGGUAGUUUAUAUUACUUUUGUAAAGAGAUAUGCAAAAUGGCUGUAUGCAUAUUACGAGUAUAUUACCUAUAUAUUACCUAUAUAUGUAUAACUUUGCAACAAAAUAGAAAUAUCCGUAAUAACAAUCGAUUUGAUCUCUCACUACGGCAUUUUUGAAAAUAAAUUUCAUUAGUAAUAAUUUCAUGCAUGUCGAUAUUUAAACUAAAUAAUAUGCCUCUUUAAUUUUAUAACAACUUUAUAAAAUUGGAUGUGUAUGACACGAUAUCUUGAUAUUUACUAUUAUAAAGUAAGAAAGUAAAUAGUAUGCUAAAGUUAUAAAGUCCACAUUUUAAAUAGUUUGGAAUGUAGUGCAUAAGAAAUGUUAUAUCUGCAUGCAAAUAUAUAUUUGUGAUGAAUAUAAAUAUUUAUAUAUCAAACACAUUGCUAUUUUAUAAUUUAUUAUAUAUAAAGGAGUUUAUCUCUAUUUAGUUUCAUAUGCAAUUCUAUAUUCACAUACAAAUUUAGGCUAAUUAAUCUUGCAGAAUUGCUAAUUUUUCGCAAGAAAGCAAACGAAUGUACACAUAUUAUUAAUGUAACAAAUUGAAUACUAAUUCUACAGUUC